GGGUUACUAUGCCAACGCUAGCUACUGUAGCUGUAGCCUAGCUCACACAGUCCGUCAGUGAAAACACAGACAUUAAGAGAUUAUUAUUCUUUUUACAGGUUUAAAAGAAGAAAAAAAAGGGUUUGACGCCGAAGCAGUGACACAGACAUCAGGUAACAAGAGUUGGUGAUAGUUGGAACAGUGGGAGACUAACCAACACGUUUGUGAUGAGCUGGGCAGGAUAGAGGAGGAAGAGAGAGCAAGAGAUGAUGGAGAGGCAGACGGACGGACAUCAGAUGGUGGAGAGUAAGAAGACAGCGGGAGCCACGAAAGUGGAACUUUCCAGUGAGAGUUCAUCCGGGAGUGAGGGGGAAGAGGAGCAGUCGACGCGCCGCACGGAGAGCAACAUGGACCUACCCGCUCAAUACUUGCAAAUCCAGAAACUGGUCAAGUACCUCAAGGAAGGCGACCAGACAGCCACCGUGCUCAGUCUGUGCGCCAUGUUGGACAUGAAUUUGAUGCAGGAGCCGAGCCAAAUUGCCAUCCGGGAAGUAGGUGGCCUCGAAGUCCUCAUUAACUUGCUGGAUACAGAUGAAGUCAAAUGCAAAAUUGGAUCUCUGAAAAUCCUAAGAACGAUCAGUCACAAUGUACAAAUCCGUCAGACCAUUGUUGACAUCGGGGGUCUGCAGAGCAUUGUGAAGAUCCUGGACUCGCCCGUCAAGGAGCUCAAGGCCUUAGCUGCUGAGACUAUUGGCCACGUGGCCAGGUUCCGCCGGGCAAGGAGAACCGUUCGCAAAAACGGCGGCAUCAAGAAACUGGUAAACCUGCUGGACUGCGUGCCCAAUUUAGCCAACCUGACUGCAAAACAGGAGAAGGACGUGGAGGUGGCCCGCUGUGGAGCUUUAGCACUCUGGAGCUGCAGCAAGAGUCGGAAGAACAAGGAGGCCAUCCGCAAGGCCGGCGGCAUCCCGCUGCUGGGACGCCUGCUCAAAUCGCCGCAGGAGAACAUGCUUAUCCCUGUGGUGGGCACCCUGCAGGAGUGUGCAUCAGAGGAAAGCUACAGGACUGCCAUUCAGUCAGAUGACAUGAUCAAGGAUUUGGUGAAAAACCUCAACAGUGACAACGAUGAGCUCCAAAUGCAUUGCGCAAGUGCAAUCUUCAAGUGUGCAGAAGACAAGAAGACCCGUGACCUGGUGCGCAAGUACAAAGGUCUGGAGCCGCUGGUUUCACUGCUCAGCAAGGCGCACAACAAGCAGCUGCUGGCCGCCGCCACCAGGGCCAUCUGGAAGUGUUCCAUGUGCAAAGAAAAUGGGGCUAAGUUCCAGGACUACAGAGCCCUGGAGUCCCUGGUCGGCCUGCUGACUGAUCAGCCUGAAGAGGUGCUGGUAAAUGUUGUGGGAGCACUGGGGGAAUUUGCCCAGAUACCUUCAAGCAAGGCCUCCAUCCGCAAAUGUGGGGGCAUCAAGCCACUCGUUAACCUGCUCACUGGAACGAACCAGGCGCUGCUUGCAAAUGCGACAAAGACGGUGGCCGCCUGUGCCACAGACCGGGAAAACAUGGAAAUAAUUGACAAGCUUGACGGAGUCCGCUUGGUGUGGUCCUUAUUGAAAAACCCCUGUGAAGACGUUCAGUCCAGUACUGCGUGGGCCCUUUGUUCAUGCAUCGAGAAUGCAAAGGAUGCAGGGGAAAUGGUGCGCUCCCUCGGCGGCGGAUUGGAACUGAUUAUUAAUUUGCUGAAGUCAACAAACAACGAGGUCCUGGCAAGCAUCUGCGCUGCCAUCGCCAAAAUAGCCAAAGACAAGGAGAACCUGGCAGUCCUCACUGAUCACGGGGUCGUCCCGUUGCUGGCCAAGUUGACUAACACAACAGACGACAGGCUCAGACGACACCUCGCCGAGGCCAUCGGCCACUGCUGCAUGUGGGGCAGCAACAGGGCGUCCUUCGGCGAAGCCCGGGCCGUGGCCCCCCUGGUGCACUACCUCAAGUCAAAGGACACUGCGGUCCACCUCAGCACAGCCAUGGCCUUGUAUCAGCUGUCCAAGAACCCCUACAAUUGCAUCACCAUGCAUAAGAAAAGAGUGGUCAAGAGCCUCAUCUCCAUCAUGGGCUCUGACAACGAGAGGCUCCAGGAAGCUGCCGCUGGCUGCAUGCGCAACAUCCGACUUCUGGCCCUGGCCAAUAGGAACGCCUGAUUACUUUAUUGACAACGAUUAGUUAUGCUGCUAUAGGCCUAGACUGCUGCGGGAACUCCCACCAUGUCCUGAGGAUCUCUCUCUCUUUCUCUCACUAUUACAAGUUUGUGCUUUUCCUCCUUCCCUCUGUUAAUUGAGUUAAAUUAAACAUAUCUGUAGACAACAAAAGAAGUAUUUGCAAUUUAUAAAUCGCAAUUUCAUUGUCUCACUCCGAUCAAUUUAUGGGGUAUUUGACAAAAGAACAAAAAAAGAGAAAGAUGCAUUGACAUAUUUAUGUAUAUUUAUAGAGCUCCGGAGAAAAAAGUUCCCAGCGGAAAAAGAAGCAUGAGGGCAAAUAAAUACUUAGAUAUAAUGAUAAGAGUUGUUUUGUGCUGGAAAAAUCUUGUCGUCAUUUUUCUGUGGAAACUACGUCCUGGGGGCCGAGAGAAUAACAUAGCGAAAGCGAGGCUUGAAGGGGACCAAUAUAAAUAUCAUAAUGACAAGUUUACUGUAUAAUUAGCAAGAGAAGGAUGAAGUGAUAUAUAAAAGUGAGGCAAAAAGGGAAUAAAAAUAAAACAUGCUCUCCUAAAACUUUCACACUACCACUUAGCAAAAUGGAAAAUAAAUACAGACUCCUCCCCCUUCUCUGACCUCCCCCCACCCCCACCCCCACCCCCCAAAAUAAUUUGUGUACAGUUCCUCAGCAGCACAAGUGUGCAGGCUGUGAAAGCACAGUAUUUACAUUCACAUCCGUCUUGUUCUGCACUAGCAGAAUGUGUUUUGAAUCAAACGUAUGAGGGAAGUUUUGCGGCGCGAGUGUUUCAAACAUGUAUCAAAACAUCUCACAGAGGUUUCAAAUCAAAUGUUUUCUCCUGAUUGAUGGCCGUGUAUUUAUUUGCCCUCUCGCUUCCGUGUCAGCAUGGGGAACUUUCAUCCCGAGCUCCUCACUUAAAUCAAUUACCUCAUCAGACGUUCAUACAAACAUUUCGGGAAGCCCUCUUCUCGCUCUCUGACCGUCUCCAACUUGGGAACUGUGUUGAUCAAAAUAAAUGCAUCUUUCUGCAUGUUUGUUCUUUUGCCAAAUGCCCCAUACGUUGAUCGGAGUGAGACACUGCGAGGCCGGGUUCUCUGCAGGAACAUUCCUUUAGUAAUCCACACGUGACCGCAAUAUCUAAACAGGACCCACAUCUGCUUGGGUUGCUCAACCUCUUCUUAUACAGUUUGCGUAUUACUCUGUACUCGUAAGACAUACAGCAAAAACUCAGAAAACACACAAUCUGCAAUAAAGACAUCGAGAUAAAUA